AUGGCCACAAAAAUCCACCAUAAAACCACUUUUGAGGCUGCCAAAACCAUUGAGCCCAUCUUCACCGGCGGCGAUGUUUCGCACAGUGCAAACGGUUCUUUCAUCGCAACCUGUGUUGACGAGGACGUUUUGAUUGUCAAAGUACAGACGAGCAGGGUACUUUGUCGUAUAGAAGGGGACGGGGAACCGGUUACGAGUCUGUGCCUGGCUCCUGAUUCAAACCAUUUGGUGAUCGCUUCGCGGUCGCUCUCGCUUCGGAUAUUUUUGCUCAAACCUCUGGAAGGAUCCGACACAAUAGUCGCAGAACUUACGCGAACACUGAAACCACAUACCACCCCAGUUGUGUCAUCGGCCAUUGAUGCCACCGGAUCACUCCUGGCGACGGGAGGCGCGGAGGGAACUGUGAAGGUAUGGGAUCUCAGAGGAGGUUAUGUUUCACAUACAUUUCACGGCCAUGGCGGGGUCGUUUCUGCGCUCCACUUCUUCCAAUCACAGUCAACGAGUCCAUCAAAUCCCAAGACGAGCCGUAAGCGAAAGAGUCGCGGGGAAGACCAAAUGGAUGUCGACGAACCAUCUCCGGGUCGAUCCAUUUACCUUGCAUCUGGGGGUGAAGAUGGAAAAAUUCGCGUGUGGAAUCUAGCUACUCGUACAUCCAGCGCUACCCUUGACUCACAUGUCAGUGUCGUACGAAGCCUGGAAUACUCCGAAGAACAACAACUCCUCCUAUCAGCAAGCCGAGAUCGGACAUUAAUUUUAUGGGAUGGCCAAACAUGGAAACAGCAAAGGGUUAUUCCAGCUCUCGAAGUGCUAGAAACUGCAGGUUUUCUCCUGGACGGCCGGUUUUGCUACGCUGGGGGGGAACACGGCGCAGUCCGAAUCUGGAAUCUCGCAACAGGCCGUGAAGUUACGACCAAGCAGAAACCGGGGCUUGAGAAUGAUGCUAUCACAGCCAUCAUCCCGGUGGUUGAGGACGAUGCAGUUCUCUCAAUCCAUCAAGAUCAAACAAUGAAGUUGCAGAGUAUUUCUGCUCUGCACAAUCUGCAAACGUCAGAGUCACUAGGAAAGUUGCCAGUGACUCGGACAAUUGCUGGAAACUAUGACGAGGUUAUUGACAUGGCCUGCGUCGGCCCCGACAGAUCCUUGCUAGCACUUGCUACCAAUGCGGAGAGUCUCAGGUUGAUUUCUAUUCAAGACGAUGGUAAACAAAUAAAUUCCAACCCCGCCAAAGCCGUCAACUCUUUUGGAAAUGACGUUGCGUUGCUCGAAGGCCAUGAAGACAUUAUUAUUUGCUUAGAUGUCGAUUGGUCAGGCUACUGGUUAGCGACCGGUGCAAAAGACAAUACUGCAAGAUUGUGGAGAUUGGACCCUGCCUCAUCAUCGUACGAGUGCUUUGCUGUUUUCGCUGGACAUGCAGAGUCCUUAGGGGCCAUCGCCUUACCGAGAAGUCCACCAACAGAUGGUCCGGCGUUGAGAAAUCCAGCAACGCACCCGCCAGCGUUCCUAUUGACAGGCUCACAAGACAAGACAAUCAAACGGUGGGACACAGCGAAACUCAAAUACGAUCAGUCAGCAACAGAACCACAAACAGGCACAAAAGCCCUGUUCACGCGAGUUGCCCACGAAAAGGAUAUCAAUGCAAUGGAUACAUCGCCCAUCUCACCACUAUUCGCUUCAGCAUCUCAGGAUCGCACAGUCAAGGUAUGGUCCUUGGAAGACGGAGCCGUGACGGCUAUUCUGCGCGGUCACAAACGAGGAGUUUGGUCAGUUCGCUUCUCUCCGGCAGGGACACCUCCUCUUUCACUCCCAGAUGGCGGAUCAAGCGGCUCUCGCGGAUUGCUUGUGAGUGGUUCCGGAGACCGAACAAUUAAAGUGUGGUCGCUUUCGACCUAUACCUGUCUUCAAACGUUUGAAGGGCACAGCAAUUCCGUAUUGAAAGUUGUUUGGAUUCCACCACCUGAGUCCAAAGCCAAAGAUGACGAGUCUGUAGAAGAUGCACGCCCUUCUCAAACCCAGUCCAACAAUCAACCACUAAUAGCAUCCGCAUCCUCUGACACCCUCGUCAAGCUCUGGUCCCCUUACUCUGCCGCCGACUCCGAUCAUCUCCUAGCCACACUCGACAACCACACCGAUCGUGUGUGGGCACUUGUCGCUCCGAACUCGUACCAGCGGACAACAUCUCCCUCGGCCUCCUCGACCAGAAAGAGUAGUCGGUCCAACCCUCAACCCUAUCCUUACUCACUGAUAUCUGGCGCCGCCGAUGCAACAUUGACCUUCUGGCGGGAUACCACUCUCCAGACCACUUUAUUGGCAUCUCAACGCGCAACUCAGCGGAUCGAGCAAGACCAAUUACUCCAGAACCACAUAUUCAGCAAGAACUACCGUGAAGCCAUCACGCUUUCUUUGGCGUUGGGCCACCCCGGUCGACUACUGCGUGUGUUUGAGGAUGUUGUCAACUCAUCCGAAUCGCGGAAGGAUGGGGACGAGGAUGAUGACGCCAGCAGCAGCAGCAUAAUGGGUGUGAAAGCGGUGGACGACAUCCUCGCAUCCCUGGACCGGACGCAGCUCUGGCAGUUACUGGAGAACGUGCGGGAUUGGAACACCAACGCACGGACGGCCCCCGUGGCCCAGAGAGUCCUGAACUGCUUGCUGCGGUCGUACCCAAAGGACGUGUUCGUCGAAAUGGCCGGGGAAAAGAAGCUCCUUGGCGCUGUCGGAGGCGGGAAGGAGAUGAUGAGAGGAGGAAGCCGAACAAGAGGGAGGGCUGCCGCAGACGGUAUGAAGGAGCUUUUGAGGGCGCUUGAAGUCUACACGGAAAGGCAUUACAAGAGGAUGGAAGAGUUGGUCGAUGAGAGCUACUUGAUCGAAUACACGUUGCGGGAGAUGGACGAGAUCGCCGGCGUCUCGGCGGCGGGUGGACUGAACGGCUCCCUACUCACUAAUGGGCGGAAGGAAAAGGACACAGAAAUGGAGAGAGAUAUUGUCAUGGUAUGA